AUGCCUGCUGUUGGAAUUGAUUUGGGGACAACUUACUCUUGCGUUGGGGUAUGGCAGCAUGGAAACGUGGAUAUCAUUGCCAACGAGCAGGGCAACCGGACCACUCCUUCUUACGUUGCUUUUACUGACACCGAGCGUCUGAUCGGAGACGCUGCUAAGAAUCAGGUAGCUUUGAAUCCUAAUAAUACUAUUUUUGACGCCAAACGCCUUAUAGGCCGCAAGUAUGACGAUCCUAAGAUACAACAAGAUUUACAACAUUGGCCAUUCAAAGUCGUUAACGAGUCAGGCAAGCCCAAGAUCCAGGUCGCAUAUAAAGGCAAGAAUAUACGCUUUGCACCAGAGGAGAUCAGCAGUAUGGUGCUGUCUAAGAUGAAGGAAGUAGCUGAAGCAUAUAUCGGUAGUACUGUGAGAGACGCGGUUAUAACCGUGCCAGCUUAUUUCAAUGAUUCUCAGAGACAAGCGACAAAAGACGCGGGCGCAAUCGCUGGGUUAAAUGUGCUGCGUAUUAUUAACGAGCCUACUGCUGCAGCUUUGGCUUACGGACUGGAUAAGAACUUAAAAGGCGAAAGGAAUGUCCUAAUUUUCGAUCUUGGCGGAGGUACUUUCGAUGUCUCCAUACUGCAAAUUGAUGAGGGUUCUUUGUUUGAAGUUAAAGCGACUGCUGGUGACACACAUCUUGGUGGAGAAGACUUUGAUAGCAGGCUUGUGAACUUCCUCGCUGAAGAAUUUAAACGAAAGCAUAAGAAAGAUUUAAAGUCCAAUCCUAAGUCUAUGAGACGUCUUAGGACAGCUGCUGAGCGAGCCAAGAGAACAUUAUCCUCUAGUACCGAAGCUAGUGUCGAAAUUGAUGCUCUGUACGAAGGAGUUGACUUCUUUUCUCGCGUUUCCAGAGCUCGCUUUGAGGAACUAAAUUCAGACUUAUUCCGCAUAACCUUGGACCCAGUAGAGAAAGCGCUCAAAGAUGCAAAACUAGAUAAAGGACAAAUUCAUGAUAUCGUCCUGGUGGGUGGAUCGACAAGGAUCCCUAAAAUACAAAGUUUGUUACAGAACUUUUUCAAUGGAAAGAAGCUAAAUUUGUCUAUUAAUCCCGACGAGGCUGUAGCUUAUGGUGCGGCUGUACAAGCUGCUAUCUUGAGCGGAUCCAAAGACAGCAAGAUCCAAUCUGUACUGCUUGUUGACGUGGCUCCCCUGUCGCUGGGCAUCGAAACGGCUGGUGGUGUUAUGGCGAAGAUCGUCGAACGCAACGCUAAAAUCCCCUGCACUCACUCACAAACAUUUACUACAUACAAUGAUAAUCAGCCAGCUGUUACCAUUCAGGUUUACGAGGGUGAAAGAGCGAUGACUAAAGACAAUAAUUUACUAGGAAACUUUGAUCUCACUGGUAUACCUCCAGCCCCAAGAGGUGUUCCACAAAUCGACGUAACAUUUGACAUCGACGCUAAUGGAAUACUUAACGUAUCUGCUAAGGAAAAUAGCACCGGCAAGAGUAAGAACAUCGUCAUUAAGAAUGAUAAAGGCAGGCUUUCUAAAGCUGACAUUGAAAAGAUGUUGUCUGAUGCUGAGAAGUAUAAAGAGGAAGAUGACAAGCAGAAAGGUAAGGUGGCUGCUCGGAAUCGGCUUGAGACGUACGUGUAUGGAGUGAAGCAGGCUUUGGAGGAAGCUGGAGCUAAGCUAUCGCCGGCGGAGUGUGAUACGGCUCGUCGUAAGUGUGAUGAGGCUUUGCGUUGGUUGGAUAGUAAUUCCUUCGCUGAACUGGAGGAGUAUGAGAGUAAGUUGAGGGAGGUGACAGCGGUAUGUGCUCCGAUGAUGAAGAAGCUCCACGGGGUGAAGGGAGGGUCUCGCCACGCGAGCGGGGAGCGCGGCAGUGGACCGGUCAUUGAAGAAGUAGAUUAA